GAUAAUAAAUGAAAUAAAAUCUGACAGAGAGAAAAAUGCGAAAACCCUCAUCAAACCCUCCCAUUUAAGCCCACACCUGUUCUUUUUUCUUAAUUUUACGUUCGAAAGUCUUGAAAUUUAGAAGCUUUUGCUUUUCUUGGUUUACGUUGACAAAAGAUAAGGGAGGAGUGAAGCAGCAGGAAUAUUGCCAGUAAAUGAAAAGAGUGGAAGCAGAUUCAACAGACUGCUCCGGAAAGAGUUAGAGAGCAGGGUUUUCCUGUUUUUCUGGGUUUUGAAAUUCUCGGGCUUUCUGUGAUUUAAGUCUAUCCGGCGAUACCCAUAUGCUAAUCUGAGCUCUUGGAUGGUUACGGGUAGAAAUCUUAGUCCAAUAUUACGGCGAGAGUUGGCAAAUCUUGAUAAAGAUGCUGAUAGCCGUAAAUCAGCAAUGAAGGCACUGAAAUCAUAUGUGAAAGAUUUGGAUUCAAAGGCAAUCCCUGUCUUUCUUGCACAAGUUUCUGAAACCAAAGAAACGGGAUCCUUGUCUGGGGAAUACACAAUAUCCCUUUAUGAAGUUCUUGCUCGUGUCCAUGGAGUCAACAUUGUUCCUCAGAUCGAUAGUAUUAUGACUACUAUUAUAAAGACACUGGCCUCAAGUGCAGGGUCUUUCCCUCUUCAGCAGGCAUGCUCAAAGGUGGUGCCGGCAAUUGCUAGGUAUGGGAUUGACCCAACAAUGCCAGAAGACAAGAAAAGGCACAUAAUUCACUCUCUUUGCAAUCCUCUUUCAUACUCUCUCUUAGGUUCCCAAGAGAGCCUUACUUCAGGGGCUGCACUUUGCUUAAGGGCACUUGUGGACUGUGAUAACUGGCGAUUUGCUUCUGAUGAAAUGGUAAAUAAGGUUUGCCAGAAUGUGGCUGUGGCUUUGGAGGUGAAAACCAAUCAGACAAAUUCACAUUUGGGUCUUGUUAUGUCUCUGGCCAAGCAUAAUGCUCUAAUAGUUGAAGCGUAUGCAAGACUGUUAAUACAAUCUGGAUUGAGAAUAUUAAAUGCUGGUGUUGCAGAAGGAAAUUCUCAGAAAAGAUUGUCUGCCAUUCAAAUGUUGAACUUUCUAAUGAAGUGUUUGGAUCCAAGGAGCAUAUUCUCUGAGGUGGAGGUGAUAAUUGAAGAGAUGGAAAAGUGUCAAUCUGAUCAAAUGGCAUUUGUCAAAGGAGCUGCUUAUGAAGCUUUGCAAACUGCAAAGCGAAUAGCAGGGGAGAAGGAAUCAAAAUUUGAGAAAUGUUCUGUUUCAGUUACUGGUUCCAACUUUGGUAGGAGAGACCACAGUAGGAGAAACUUAUCUGUGGCUGGUGAUUCCUCUCCUGCAUCUGUGUCACCUGAAUCACAAACCCUUGAUUCCUUUAUGGAAUACGAUUCUUUAGUUGAGUCACCCUUAUCAAUGACUCAGGCUUCCAACAAUUUAGACUACGAUUGUAGGAGUGUGAACCGGAAGCUUUGGAGCUUUGAAAAUGGAGGGGUAGAUGUGUCUCUGAAGGAUGGUUUCUUCUCAGAGGUGGCUCAAGGAAGUUCCAUUUCUGAUUCACCUUUGGUGGACCAUGUAUAUACUGAUAAUGGUGCAGGUUACUCACAUGAGUUUGCUGGGUUUCUGCAAAGAAGUCCUAGAAAUAGGCUGCUGAGAAGUGCUACUCCCAGUCCUCAGAGAUCACGUUCUAGGAUUAAUGUUGACAACGUUAACAUCUUUACGACUCCAAGGAAGCUUAUUCACUCUCUUCAGGAUCCUACUGAUAUCGACUCAGACUUCUCAGGGAGACAACCUCGGAGAUUCAGAAGUCCAUGUUCAAGAAACUUUGAUAGGAAACCAAAACUACACCAAGACUGUUUUCAGCAUGAUUCAGUUCAUGACUUCGAAGGGAAUGGGAAUCCUUGUAAUGCUGGUGAGCAAUCUCGAUGUGUAUCUGAAUCAGUGUCAUCAACAGAUGAGGUUCCUCUUGAUGCUGAUGCACAAAUCCCCCACAAGGCUAUUCCUCAAAAUGUAACCGAAGUGCAGAAAAUUUGCAUGGGAAAGGCCUAUGGAAAGGCUGUUUCAAGAUUAGUUUUUGGCUUCUUCAUUCUACUUGCUGUUCUUGCUUCACUUUUCUGGAUUGAUGGUCAUGAGGAACAUUAUCUUGUUCCAACUUGAUUAACCUGUCUAUUGUGUUAGAUUCUUUUCUUAUUUUAGUAAACUAGUGUACGUUAGUGUAAGGAACCUUUCUCCAAUAGAUCAACAAGCGUUUAUAAUGUCAAUCUUUCAUGUUUUUGUAACAAUGUUCAAUACUAAUGA